AUGCGCGUAGGUCUUAGCUCUGAGGAUCUGCGCUCUAUUUGUAGACCUAGCUCAUCGGGGCCUGCGUUAAAGACGGUGGAGACACAAGUGGAUGAUUCUUCUGAACAACAGAAGGCCCAACAAGAUCGAAAGAAAGAGAAGAGAAGGUUGAAGAAGAAGCUAUUGAAAGAAGAAAAGAAAAGGAGGAAAGAGGAAGCAAAACAAGGUGAGGCCAUUGAUCUGCCUCCAUCUCUGGAUAGCAGUGAGGUCAAUAUCGGCAACACGCAACAUCCGUCCUCUAUCACCGCGACAAUGAGCUCUCAAUCUGUUGUCGAUGAAGCUCCACCCAGUUAUAACGGCCUUUCCGGUAUUCCUCUUGAGACUUCCAGUGCAGACACGUCCUCGAGUCAUACAGUUCGUCCCUCAAGCCAGAAGGCGGAAGAACCUGAGGAGCAGAAUGAGUCUUGUUCGAUUUACGAUGAAAACAACCCUAUCAUAUGUCACUUACACGGUCGGAAUAUUUCUUCAUCCGAACAUCAUACCAUCGCGACUGAAAUACUUCCCGAUAGAAUUGAUCCACUCUCUGAGCACCUUCUUCACUGUCUAGAAGCGAGCGAGUUUUCCGACUCUCAGAUAAUAUUGAGAUCCUCCAAAGAUAUCUUCAUGCCCAUCGUCUUCAGAACACAUAGAGCGGUGAUCAGCCGUAGCAAUUUCAUGGCCGAUGUCUUCAGGUCGCCGACCCAGGAAGAGCGAAUUAACGAGAUCGUCGCCGUUGGAAAUGAGAACUUCUGUAUGAUCAAAGGCUUUGAAUAUGCGCUGCAACAUUUGUAUGGUAGGCCACUCCUAACAGCAGGACAGCUCAGAUUGGCGACUCUGUCCACCUAUGGAUACUCGGAGAACAAUGUGGGAAAAAUACAAUUCUCACUCACGGCGGCCAUGGCAGACUUCGCCCUGUGCUAUGCCGCAUCAGGGGCCUUCUUUCAACAAGAGGCAGUCAUUGAAACGGGUAUCAGACUAGCCAUUGAGCUAAUCGACUGGGAAACAGUCGAAUGCAUUCUCUAUUUCGGAGUUUGCACAACGAGGCCGGCAGUAACCCUCGACCAGACUGCUCCAGUCAACAAGACUGGAGAUUAUGAUGCAGCAAGAGAGCUGCAAAGAUGGGCUCCACGGCUAGUUGGUUCGGCUCUGCAUUUCGUCACCAGGCACAUGAGCAAGGACUUCACACUGUACGCCAAGGCGCAGAGUAAGACUCUGCCAAAUCGAAUCCCAGAAAGCCUGUAUGGUGUUCCAGGUCCAGUGAUCACUAGUCCUCGAUCUUUUGCGUCUCGCCGGGGAGAAACCCCGAACCGAGAGAUUGAGGUGCCCUCUGCGAUGUUGAUCUACCUUCCGUACAAGCAACUAGAAGAGACUUUUGGGAUUAUGAACGCGCGGAAUAUCUUAUCGAGUGACCUCGCCCAGGCGGUAGUAGCAGAGCGCGAGACACGGCGCCUGCAAGCCCUUCGAGCCCUUGCGAAACAGGGUGUCAAAGACGAGCUGAAUGCUACCGAUCAGAUUCGAGAGCUGGGAUAUAAAGAGAUAGUCGCUGUUAGCGAAGAACAGGGCCCAGCUAUUACUCUCAACAGAGAGUGGAUUGGUCUGGCUGUUGUGGAAGAAACAGUCGCGACGCCCAGAGUCAAACGUGUGGUCAAGAAACAUAAGAGGCACAAGCGCAAGAGGUAA